UUAUCUUUCGUGUCAGCAUGCAUCUCAUAUCCAUACCUCGCACUCCGCAAUUUCCCCAUAGAUAAGAAUUCCUGCAUACUUAUCAGAUUCAAAUGAUGUCUGAGUCCUCGCAAACCCUAGUCAAGCGUCAAAGCAACAGCAGCUUGAUGCCUCCUCCGCCUCCACCGAAGCGCAUCAAACGACCGGCCACCGUGCUUGAUGAAGAUGUCUACACCGACGCUCUCUCCGAAAUCAUCGCACGCGAUUAUUUUCCUGGUCUACUGGAGGCUCAGGUGAAGCAGGAUUAUUUAAAUGCAUUAGACUCGCAGGAUCAAGAGUGGAUUGCAAGUUCAAAGAAAAAACUAUCUGAUUUGGUGCAAACUCCUGGAAAAGUCCGAACUCGCCCUGGCUCUGCCAUGACACCACAGUUCAUUGGAACUGGAAAGCCAGGGGAUACUCCGAUGACCUGGGGCGGUGAUACGCCUUCGUCGAUGACGUCUGCUUUCUCAUCCGGAAACCAUUUACCAGUUUUCGAAACACAGCGCCAAGCCCUAGAUGUGAGUCGGCUGGGGUUGCUGGAGUUUCAAGCCAAGUACACUAGCGAGGACAAUGAAUCCUUCAACAGGUUAUUAGACAAGCGAAAUUCCAAGCAUCGGGAGAAAUAUGCCUGGCUAUGGAACGGGAACAAGAUUCCGACCGCGCGACAGAUCGCCCAUCAUCGACAGGAGGCCAAGCGGAUUGCGGCCCAGGGAGGUAACCCAGAUCAGAACAAACAGGCAUUGAUCAAGACCGACCUGAACGCUCGACCUGCUCAGCCCGACACAUGGAAGAUGCGUCCGGAGAAUUCACUCAUGUUUGCGCCUUCAUCCGUCGAAGACAUUCAUGAGACGGCUCAGCAGAAAGCGGAAGCUGCAUCUCGAGCAGCGCCUAAAUGUGUGGUAUACCAGAACACUCGUCUUCCGAAUGAGGCUCUUCAUCCAACUUCGGGGACUGUGCCUCCACCUUCGCCAUCGAUAUCGGCUAUCAAGGAUGCUAUCGCCGGACGUCCUCGCCCGACUGAUUCAGAGCCAGGGUACAAUGGCGGGGAAACACCCCGAGUGAAUGGAUAUGCGUUUGUGGAUGAAGAUGAGCCCGAGUAUGACCGUCCCUCACCCAGGGGCGAUGGCUCCAUAACGGACGAUUUCUACUUGCUCGGAAGCGGUGAUGCAGUUCCGAAUCCGUUCCAGAUAACAGAAAAUCGCAGACGGGAAGAUCUUCACCACCGUAUGGUUGAUCGGGUGGCACGGACGAGACGUGCGGAAAAAGUCACCCGCGAGACUAAAACUCCUGUGGCAAUGACCCCCAAAUUCGCCAGCAGUCCGCAACUCGACUUUGGGCAGCGGGCACUAGGUGCAGCUACUCCUGGGACAAGAGCAGGCAAGAUGCUGACACCUGCAGGGCAAAAGCUGCUCAAUCAAGUGGGAAGUACUCCCCGCCCAGGUGGUUUGUUUACUGGUUCGUCGUCUAAUUUGAGGAAUAUGUGGACACCAACUCCUAGGAGAUUCAAAUGAUGGUGCUCUUCUUAUCUUGCCGUUUCUAUUUUCUUAUCAUUUCUCGUGUCGUCCAAUUCCUUUGUUAUGAGCGUUUCUCUCUCACUUGACUAGAUACCACCACACAAACAACGGCGUUUUGCAUCGAAGGUUUGUCAGUUGCCAUUAUGAUCAAUGGUAGGAUAUAUUGCUGGCCUUGAGUGCCAGCUUCUCAACUUGGUUCUUUUCUUUCUCGGCAACAUAGGGAUGUAGGCAACUAGUGCU